AUGAUCCCAUGCCAACGAGAACUCGGAAAGCUCGAAUCUGACCCUGAAACACUGCCUCGAGCAUUCAACAAUACUAUCAUUACCUUGCCGGACUUCGAAAUGGGAGAGCACUGCUGUCGAUGCCGUCGCGUUGCGGCUUGGCCUGGAGCCACGAUUAAGAGCGUGGCAUCGCGUGUCAGGCGGAUUGUCUAUCGACCUCGGCCAUCAGUACCACUGCCAUCAGCAUCAGUGUCGGUCUUGUCACCAGAUUCAUCACCAUCACCAACACCAACAUCGCCGUCACCAUCACCAUCGUCACCAUCACCAAAGGUGUCAUCACCAAAGCCACUCUCACAAAGGCGGCCAUCACCAAAGCCGCUAUUACCAGAACCAACCCUGGAUUGUCCUGUUAUCCAGCUGCCAAUCGAAAUACUUGCGUGUGUCAUCGACCAUCUAUCCGAAAUCGACAGGCACGUGCUCUCCGUGACCUGCCGAGCAUUUUGGAAUGCUAUCCGCCUCGCUCUCCGCCAGGGGCCAACUUAUUCUCUCAGCCAGUACGAAUAUCUGUGCUAUUUGACUAGAAUAUCGCGAAAUAACCCAGACUUGUGGGUUUGUGAGGCGUGUAACAAACUCCAUCCAGCGGGCGAUCCAAUGUCGGAAAUCUGGAACAUUUGCCCUUCUAAUGAUGGAUGUGGCAGCUUGGCUGGCGACAUGAAGCUCAAUUUCCUACUCCAGCAUCGAAACGUUCAGCGUGCUCUCAAACUGAGCCGCCUUGGCAACCUUGACGAGAGACAGAGGGAGACGCUCAACCAGCUCACGAGGCCUCAUCGAGCCAGCAUCCAAAAACACUCGACGAUUAUGGGCACCAUAAGAUGCGAAUACACCAGCUAUCCAAAGAUCGUGCAAGGAAGAUUCUUGCUGCUGUCAGUUUGGGCUUAUGAUGAACGCAAUGAACCAAUAUCUCGGCAGAAUAUGGAAUCAUUAUCGAUAUGCCGCCAUCAACGACUUAAUGGAUAUAGAUCAGCGCUAGACGCCGCCCUUGAAACGGCUUUGCGACGCCCAAGGACUCCAGUUGACGGCUCCUGCACCGAAUGCCCCGUCGAUUUCUCGGUAAACUUCUCGCCCAAGAGAACCACUGUUCACGCUUGGCACGAUUUUGGCCCUGAGGGCACGCCGCUGGACCCAGCUUGGAUAGUCCACUUCUUUGGUAGAUUGUAUCGCCACCAUGAUCCGACAGUUGGUCAUGCUGAGGGGAGUGUCCGGGAGAUGUAUGAAUCAUCAAAAUAG